UAGUGAGUUCAUUCAUCGCGUAGUAGACGGGUGUACGUUAAAUUAAUGGAUUGAAUUCGAUAUUGUUUUUAUUUGCGCAGAAGUGUUUUGAAGGCGACAAUGGUGGUUAAAGGUUUCGUUUAAUUGUUUGUUAACUGCAUUAAGUGAUGCGUUAAGCGGAACUGAAUGUGAAGUUUGGGAUUAUUUUGUGUGUAAAUUGUGAUAGUGAUCACCAUGCCGGGUCUUAUAGGCAUUGGUGAAUUUAUCGAGGAAACUCGAGAGGAUUACAAUUCGCCGACGACUUCCACAUUCGUGUCGCGUAUGCCGCAAUGUCGGCAGACCAUCGGUGCAUUGGAAGAGACCCUGGACUUCGACCGAGAUGGCCUAGCAAAGCUAAAGAAGGCCAUAAAGGCGAUACACAAUUCUGGAAAUGCUCACGUGGACAAUGAGAUGUAUCUCGCCCGGGCGCUGGAACGCCUGGGCGGGAACGCUCUCAGUAAAGACUCGGAGCCCGACAUUGGAGCUGCAUUCUUCAAGUUCGCUGUGGUCACUAAGGAGUUGUCCGCCCUUAUGAAAACGCUGAUGCAAAAUAUAAAUAACAUAGUAAUGUUCCCGGUGGACAGUCUUCUAAAGGGUGACCUCCGAGGUGUCAAAGGCGACCUAAAGAGGCCAUUCGACAAAGCAUCCAAAGACUACGAGUCCAAGUACCUGAAGAUUGAGAAAGAGAAGAAAUCGCAGGCGAAGGAAGCUGGUCUCAUCCGCAGCGAGGUCACUCCCGCGGAGAUAGCAGACGAGAUGGAAAAAGAAAGGAGGCUGUUUCAGUUGCAGAUGUGCGAGUACCUGAUAAAGUUCAACGAGAUAAAGACAAAGAAGGGCAUAGAGUUACUACAGCACUUGGUAGAAUAUUACCAUGCGCAGACGAACUAUUUCCAAGAUGGACUGAAGACGAUAGAGCAUUUUGGAGUGUAUGUGGCGGAUUUGAGUGUACAGCUUCAGAAGAUUCGGCAGCAGCAGGACGACGAGAGGAAGAGGUUGUUGGAGUUGCGGAACAUGCUGCGGGCAGCUGCUCCGCAAGACAGGGAGGUAGCGUCAUCGUUAGGCGGUUACUCGCUGCACCAACUCCAAGGCGACAAGCAACAUGGCGUCACGAGAAGCGGCUAUUUGCUCAAAAAAUCCGAAGGGAAAGUCCGAAGGGUGUGGCAGAAACGGCGUUGCCGAGUCACAGCCGAGGGUUACCUGGACAUAUUCCACGCGGACGAAAACAAACCGCCCGCGAGGGUCAAUCUUCUUACGUGCCAAAUCAAAGUCGCCGCUGAUGAUAAGCGGGCGUUUGAUCUAGUCUCAUAUAACCGUACUUACCACUUUCAAGCCGAGGACGACAGCGAGCAACGAGCGUGGGCGUCAGUUCUAGUCAACUGCAAGGAGGGCGCUUUGAUGAGGGCCUUCCACCAGCAAGCGGGGGAAAGCAACGACUCGGGGCAUUCGUUGUUGGACCUACAGCGGUCCAUUAUAAGGGCUGUGAGGGCUAUGCCGGGUAACCAAGUGUGUGCUGACUGCGGGUCUACCAAUGAUCCCACAUGGCUAUCAACAAACUUCGGCGUAAUAGUCUGUAUAGAGUGUUCAGGAAGUCACCGGGAGCUUGGUGUGCAUAUAUCCCGGAUCCAGUCCCUUACGCUCGACCGGCUCAGUACGUCGCAGUUGCUCAUCGCGAGGCAUAUGGGCAACCAGAUGUUUAACGAAAUUAUGGAGAAUAUGCUGGAUGAGAGGGACAAGUUGACGCCAGAAAGCUCAAUGGAAGAACGGCUAAGGUUUAUCCGAGAAAAAUACGUAUACAGAGCGUGGGCCGCGCAAACGUGUAGAGAUGCGGCAGAAAAACUAUCCGAAGUUGAACAUGCAGUCAACAACGGGCACUUACAAAAUCUGCUGCAAGCGUACGCCGAAGGCGCGGACUUGGCUGCGACACUACCAUGCUCAGACUGCGGCGAGACGGCGUUACACCUAGCAAUCUCCCGAGAACUAGGCGACGGUUCCUUCCUCCACAUCGUUGAUUUUCUAGUCCAAAACGGAGGCGCCCAACUCUUAGACAAAACCACAUCUUCGGGCAUGACCGCGUUACAUUUAUGUGCGGCGACGGAUCGGACGGAGCCUAUGAAGUUGUUGUUGAAGGCGGGCGCUGAUGUUAGCAUUAAAGAUGGGAGUGGGAGGACGGCUUUGUUCAUUGCGAGGACGCUUGGACAUCACGCGUGUCAGGAGUUGCUGGAAAAUGUGGACAAAAGGGAGAAGAGUAUGUUUGAGAACAUCAACAUCGAUUGGAAUUUGUCACAUGACGAUGGCUCGACAGACUUCUCUGAUGACGAUACCGUCAUCGAUGAAAGGCAAAACGGCAGUGUAACUCCUGAAAAGAAAUGCCCGCGCUCACGACCGCCCUCAUACGCCGGCGCGGGCGAGCGCGAGCGCUCGGGCGGCGACUCCCCCGUGCUGCGCUCGCGCUCCUCCACCUGCGACUCGCUGCACCACCCGCCCACGCCCACCCCCGGCACGCUGCCUAGGAAGCCUAACGUCUACAAUAUCGGCAGCCUGAAGAAGCGCGCGGCGCCGCUGCCGCCCGCCGUGGCGUUGCAGCACCCGCCGCCGCACCCGCGCUCCACGCCCUCCCCGUCGGCGGACAGCACGCGCUCCUUACACUUAUCCCACGGCGCCACGAAGCCGCGUCCGGCGCAGCCGCCGCCGACGCCGCCACCGGGCUCGUUGCUCAACGGCGCGCACCGCGACGAGCCCACGCCGCCGCCGAGGAAGAAGAAAAAUAGAUUGCACCUGGAUAAGGCGAAAGCGAAACUGAGAAGGGAAUGUUCUAGUCAAGACUCAUCACUGGAGCUGUGCGAUAUAUCGGACGGAUUAGACGACAGCCGGCUUGGCGCGUUGUCGUGCGACAGCACAAGGUCGCGCGAACGCGGUCGACGGAGCGACAGCCGGUCAUUGGACGUUUCUGAUACCUCUAGCGUGCAUUCGAGGUCGCCAUCUACUUCUAUUACCAUGAUGGGUGUGGGCAUGCGCCGUUGCCGCGCGCUGUACGACUGCUCGGCCGACAACGAGGACGAGCUCUCCUUCCGCGAGGGCGAGGUCAUCGUGGUCAUCAACGAGCGCACCGAGGACGACAACUGGAUGGAGGGCCAGGUCGAGGGCACCGCCCGCCGCGGCAUGUUCCCCGUCUCCUUCGUACACAUGCUGCCCGACUAGGCGGGAACGAGACGAAUCUAGGUUUCGUAGUCGCUACCAGCUGUAGCUGUUCCUUUUAACACGCCCAGUGCAAUCUAAAAUGCUUAGCUCGAUUUGAAAGCUCAUUCGAAUGUGUACCUUAUUAAUCAAGGAUAAGGUAUACAGUCGCGUUUUCAAACGAUGGACGAUAUUGUCAGUUGAGAUGUAUAUGUAUAUAAUUAUUUCUAUAUGUAUACCGAGCGUAAUCAUACUUUAUUUAUGGGUUUUUUUUGUGCAAUGAUGUGCUUGAAAAUUAAAAUGAAACUAAAAACAAUUUCAAGUAACGUGCAUAACUUAUUCAUAUUAUGUAAAUAAUUUUAUAUAAAUAUUCAACAACCAAAGAAUAUUUCACAAUUUUCUCGCUACGAAAUGCAUGCAAUACACAUUUUUCAGCUUAAAUAGCAUUGGCCGUGUUAAAUGUGGAUAUAUUAUUAUUGUGUUCCUUAUGUUUUUAAUAAGAAUAGCACUGAGAAAGGUCGAUGCAAUGUCUUGUAAACUUUUCGUGUCAUACAAAAUUGGUUGUAUUAAUGUUCUGUGUUCAAUAAAGUGGGUAAAUUACACUAUACGAUAAACCGGGACCCGGUGUAAGGGCCAUUCCGCACUAACGUCUUUUGAGCGUCAGCGUUAUAGAAAAUUGCGUCGCUGCUUGGUUGCACCAACGUUGCGUCGAGCCAUAGAGUCGACUAGUCACCGACGCUCGGAAGACGCUAGUGUGGGGUAGCCCUAAAGGGACCCAAAGGCCUUUCCAAGCAGGCUUUCAGGUCCGGUUUAUAAGAUACUGCCAUCGUACAGUCGACGUCAAAAAUAUGUUUACACUUUUGCACCUUACUCCUCUGUAAUAAGGCGAAAAGUGUAAACAUAUCUUUGACGUCGACUGUACAUCGUGUAGGGUAAUAAUCUUGUAAUUUUGAAAUCAUACGUGACUGUACAUUUUUAAAGUGUUCAGGAGUGAAUUAAAAUUUAUUGAUAAAUAUUGUCUGAACGUAAUUUUCUUAUAAUUCAGGCAGUUUGACCUGUCUGUAUCAUCUUUAUGUGUGUGUUACACGCUCUGUAAGACUGUAAGCGUAUGCUUUUUUUUCAUUCGCGUAGGCAAGCCCUAUCUUUGUCAUUUCGUAUUGAGACUUUAGCAUAUAAAAAGUAAAUCAUGACAUCGAUCAUUUCAUUACAUUUACGACGGUGAAGUCGUUAAAAUUAUUAAACCCCAUUUUCGGCCCCAUCGUGAUUGAAUUUAAUAAAAAUUCUUCCUCAUUGAAGCUCUAUAACGUUUGAAAAUAUAUAUUGCAUAUUUGAAGGUCCUAAUUUCAAGGGAUUAGGCUGUGAGUUGUCUGUUAAUAUCUAGGUAACGGGUGAUAAAUAGGUUUCUCUUAUUUACCGGGGCCAUAAUUUGUCUAACUAAGUACCUACGAAAUAUAAAAGUUUAGGGCUAGCCGUUGUGAAUGAGAGUAUCUCACAUAUUAAACUAUGGUCUGCAAAGUUGGCCUAACGCUAUUCAUUUCCAACUCUAUGAGCUUAUUUUAAGUCUAGCAUGUUUUCAUACUCUGAUCGUAUUUGAUAUACACACUGUUAAAAUAGUUUCGAAGAUAAUUCAACUGUUAAAUCCUGUAGCGCACAGUAACUUACAGUUAGAAUGAUUUUAUAACUUAUUAUAACACAAUAAGAUAUACAAUUGCAUGAGUUUUAAAUCGUUGUUACUGGAUACUAGCGCAGCAGUGUUAUCAAGGCCAGUGCUCAGAUAAACUCGGCACACCAAUUUAUAAUUAAUGUGAUAUGUCACUCAAUACCAUUUAUAUAGUUAUUGUUUUUAUACAGGAAUUUUAAUACUCAUACAUUUGAACCAUUCCAAUUUUCAUAAUUCGUGAAAUUAGUGCGUUAAGUUUUAAAAUUGCCUAAAUUUAAAUUGUCGCGAAGCCGUUACGUAGCUUUAUAUUGCUCUGAUGACGACAUCAAGGACCUAUUCAUAUAAAGAUUACUAUAGUCUGGCCUGACGUAAUAACAAUUUUACAGUACAUCUGUGCUACAUUACGACAUCAGGUGCUAUAAUAAGCACAUUACGUAACUACGUCGGAAAUUUAAAGGGCCAUAAGUACUGUAACGUUGUACGAUACACGUGCGAAUAGGUAACUCGCAACUCGUGUCGAUUUAAAACACUCCCUUCGGUCGUGUUUUGUCGGUAGUAUUUUUCGCACUUGUAUCGUAAAUAACUAUUAAGGGGUAGUGUUAAAAAUCAUCUAUCUCUGCCGUAUACCAGGAAAAAUGGCAGGAUUAUUUAAGGUUAAUGAUUUUAUAUGAAACAGGUCCAAGUAGAUACUGAAAGUUUGCCAGUAGCUAGUCCGUCCCUUCGCGGCUUUGUUCACUUCCGAAACUUGAGUUUCGCGAGGGUUUUUGAUAGAUUUUUUUCAAUUUUCCACUUUGGAAUUGUAAAAAUAAAUGACUUAUAUAGCUUAACUUCUUUUGUCAUACAUUUUUCGACGUUUAAAUAGCUUGUUCGAGAUGUUAUUGAAUAACUAAAAUUAGUAACUAUUGAACCAAUAUAUAUUAAGAAUUAGUAAAGCCUAGGAUGUGAGACUUCAGCAGUUACAAGGCAAUAAAUUAAAGCACCAGGAAAAAUUCAAGUCAAUGAAAGUUCUUUAGAAUUAGUAAUAAAAUUUUACUAUAUAUGUGUAGUGAGUAACUUAAGCUUCCUGUCUCGAAGUCAACAUAACACAAUUACAAUACGAAACUAUAGUGUGUUCGAUAUAAUUCAGAUAGAGAUUUGCCAAAAACUAUGUGAUGAGUAGUGGAGAAUGAUAUCAGUUACAAACUUCGGACCAGUGACUGUUUGUUAUCUAGUUUGUUCUUGUAGAAUAUUGAGGUGUCUUAGAUUGUUGGUGCAUGAUGUCUACAUUGUUGUGUAUGGUGAGAGAGAUUUCAGUCGCUUUAAUGCUUACAAAUAAUAGGAUAAUAUAAACCCCGCAAGUGCGACAAAAUUACAUUUGACGACCAUUUGAUACGUUACGAGCGCUUUCUCUGUUCGUAAGUAAAAUACUUGUAGAUUUAUGAAAAUAUGAAUUUACGAAUUUGUUUGCAAUUUAAUACGAUUGUUAUACUUACUGACUGCGCUAGUGCGCAAUACCCGUAACUGCAUUAAGUAUAAAACGAAUUUGAAUUUAAACCAUAAUGUCGGGCAAUACAGUACACAAUCGAACUAGUUUUCAUGUGCAGUUACGGUUAUGAAUAGCGGGGUAGUCGAUUUCAAAUGAAUAUUCGGAGUAGUUUUUUUUUUCACGUUUUCUUGCGGCUUGGCAAAUUAUGAUCAGCAAGACCAGCGGCCGUAGCACGGUCGCAUUUUUAUAACCUGUCACCAAUGCCUGUCACGUUCUAACAAGUAUGUAACUGCGAAAGUGACAGGCGAUAAAAAUGGAACCAUGAAGAUUCGAAGCAACGUAACUAGAUUGUACUUUGAUCUCUCUCAAUAUACAUAACUAAACUUGUUGUAACUGUUAAAUUUUAACGAUUUCCACGUUUUCAAAUAUAUGAUAUAAUUAUCGAGAUACAGAUCUAUUUCAAUAUUCUUAGCAAUAGUUGUAGGCGCUAUAUUAUGAAGGAACAAAACCUGUUAUGCAGAAAUAUAGUAUCGACACAUUCCCUAAACUGCUUAUGAUGGUCGUUUAGGUUUACAAACAAUGUUCUGUCAUCUCUUUCGCACUUAACCAUUUGCGAGAGAGAGAGAGAUAGAGAGAUAAAUUGUUAGUCUAUAUCGACCAUCAUAGGUUUUCUUGUAACUACUUAGUUUUUUUGUAUAUUGGGUUCAUUUACUCGCAUAGAUGUUAAGGAUUGCAGAUUGUAUAGAGUUACCCACAUUACCGCAUGCGGUGCCAUACAUUAGUAUUAUUUAAACAGUUAAAAUGUGUAUUUUGUUAAGGUAAUAAACUGAUAUAAUUAUAUGUUUGCCUGUGAGCUUUGAGCUAGAAAUGUUGUUUCUCCAUUUGAUAACUUUUCGUUCCAAAGUGCGCUGUUUUUUCUUACGGUAGAUGUCGCUACUCUCAUUAUAGAGGCGUGUUACUUGAUGGAUCAAGCAAGCUUCAAUAGCUCCGUUGGUUUGAUCGAUUGGGUCAGUGUUCCAAAAGGUCACGGGUUCAAGUUUCGCUCUAGGUGUUUUUUUUUUUUUUUCAUUUUAAAAUAGAUUAAAAAUGUAUCAAUCGUUGCAAGCGGAGAAACAACACUUGGAUUUGAGAUUGGAUCGCCCAGGUUGAAUUUGCCAUGCUUGUAUUACAGCCUUCUUGGCGUUUAUCACGUAUACUCUUCUUAUUCGCAUUCAGCUAAUUCGAUUAGUUUUACGAUAGACAAUUCCACAUUUUUAAGGUGAGAUGGGCAGAAUCCGUAUCGAAUCCGAAGUCGAAUUCGAUUUUAUAUGCAGUCAACAUAGGGAUGAGUAACUAUAUCUUUACCCAUCUCAUCUUAAUUGUUAAAAAUGCUUAUCUGUAUGCCAUACGAUCAGUUAAUUUUUCGCGCUCGCCACGCUGAUGAGGCUCCGCACUCCGGUCCGGUGUGUGAGCAUGACAGUGCUAUGCACGUACAUACCGGUGUUCCGCUCGCACACCGGAGCGUUCCGGACAGUUUUAGGUUACCUAAAAACUAAAAUAUCGGGCGCGGGAGAUUGAUUGUCGGGCAUCCAUACAAAAUUAAGUAAACAGGUGUAUGUUUGGUUGGAAAUAGAGUAUAUAAUAUAUAAUUAAUUAUGUAUGAGUGAAAAUCUAAUGCAAAUAGAUAUAGUAACGGUGUAUAUAGAUCUUAGUAUAGAACGUACGAACAUAGGCGUCUGUAGAAUAAAUCCAUAAUUUAUUGUAAACUAGAUAUGUUAGAAAAGUGCUGACUUUGUCUUGCGUUAUGUACUUUUCUAUAGGUAGCUCAUAUGAUAUAAAUGAUAUUUAUUUAUAUAUUGUGAAAAUCUAAUUGUGAUGAAAUAUUUUAAUGCCAUUUUUAGCCUGUCAGUAUGUUACUUAUUGAAAAGUUAUUUAACCAAAUGAUGCUAGUAGUGUAAGAUGUUUUAUUCUUUAUUGUAGUAUAUUAACGGAGUUGUAGCUGAAUAGUUUUUUCUAUUGUGUAUUACGUGAAUGACAAUCUGUAUGAAUUUAUUAAUACAUCACUUCGAUGUCUACAA